CCCUCUAGCGCGGAGCGAGCGCCGAGGCGGGAGCGGGGCUCCUGCGCUGGGAGGCGACGGCAGCGGUAGUAGUGUGGUGCUGCCCUAACUGUUACUGUAUGGACUCUUGCUCAGUAGCAUGGGAGAAGAGGAAGGACUACAUCAAGCACAAUUACUGGGGUCAUAUACUUAAAAGAUGGCGUGCCAGGUUGUAUUUUUAUUUCCAAAAUUAGAGGUUAAGCAUGCCAGUAGAAACUCAGGAGGAGCGAGGAGAAACUGCCUCUCCAGUAGGUGAAAUACAGCUGUUGAGAUGGUCGCUUCUGUGCGAAGCAGCGGCUCCUGACUUCCAUCAAGUCUGGCAUUUAAUGGGAACCAGGAGCUGGGAGCCCCUGCCUCUCUCAGGUGCCUCUCUGCGAAGCCAUGACUCAUGGACCUGCUCACUUCUGGUUCCUGAGUGUCGUCUUUGGGACCCUGUCCAUGUGUUCCUGACCCCUGUUGUACCACAAUGGCCAUUCUAUAACCUGGACACAAUGUUUAUGCGAGGACUGAAAAGAAAAUGUUUUGAUGGCGAAGAAGAUAUUGAAGGAACUCUGGCUGGUAUUAAGGCUAUUCCUUCAUAUAAUCUUCAGCGGCAGUCACUUUUAGAUAUGUCCCUGGUUAAACUUCAGCUGUGUCACAUGCUGGUCGAACCUAACCUUUGUCGUUCGGUACUCAUAGCCAACACGGUACGCCAGAUCCAAGAGGAAAUGACCCAAGAUGGGACUUGGCAGAUGAUAAAUAUGCAGAAUACAGGCCAGGCAUCCGUGGAUCGUCUUGUUUCAACAGAUAUCCUCUGUCGCUCAUCUAGGGAGCAGGCUGAGGGAAAGCAUGUUCCAGGUUACAGUACUUUCAGUAAAGACUUUGAGGGUGACCAGGCACAAGAUAGUUCAGAAACUAUGUCAACAGCCUCUUCAGUGCAAGCUCUAAGAAACCUGCAAAGCAAUGUGUGGGAAAUGGAGAAUUCACAAGAAAAUAAAGGGAAUUUUCAAAAAUCAUUAGAUCAAAUAUUUGAGACGCUGGAGAACAAAAGUCCUAAUUCAGUUGAAGACCUUUUUUCAGAAGUUGACAAUUCUUACUAUGAUCUUGAUACUAUGUUAACAGGUAUGAUGAGCAACACAAAAAUGGGACACUGUGAUGGGCUAGAACCAUUUCCUUCUCCAACAACUACAACUUCUAGCUCUAAUUGUAAAUCUGAUCUUAACGAGCUCGAUCAUAUUGUAGAGAUCCUUGUUGAAUCCUGAAACUCCUUGUGUAGGAGAUAAAGAUCUGGUAAUGGAAAAAAGACUCAAGAAAGCUAUUUCCACAGUUUGUUCUAUCAAAUCUGCACAUGUAUUUUACAAAUAUCUAUAUAUUAUAUAGAUAUAUAUAUUAAAAAAGCACUUCAUAUUGCAAAAUAGUGUUAACUCCCGAAGUUAACCUGCAACUUGUAGUGUAAUGAUCCAAACUCUUGUCCACUGAACUGUAAGUACAUACGGUAAAUGUUUUUAAGUAUGUGGUCCAAGGCUUUCAAAUUUGGGUUACUUCUACAAAUUUGUUCCAGCCUUUGACAGAGGAUAUGCUUAGUGAGAGGGAUUCUCUCAUCCUUUUUUCUUAUCCUUCUCCCAGUGAAGAUGGUAACAAACGCAGUGAGAAGUUGGAUAACUGGCUUCCAAUUUUCCUCCAGUUUCCACUUUGCUACACCACAUAACUCCUAUAAUAUUUGCUGCUUCUGUUCUAAGUCGCUACAUGGCUCUUAAAGAGCAGUAUGCAAUAGUUCCCAUUAUUCUAGCUAGCUUCUUCUGGUUUUUGCUACAUUUUUUUACUUUAAAGAUAGUUUUAAAGCGUUUAUUGGUGUUUAGAAUUUUCCAGGUAUUUUCCUAAAGUAUAUUUUUACUACAGAUGUUGUGUCAGCUGCUAACUUAGCAACUUUUGAUCAUAUCUGCAGUUGAUGUAUUUUUUGAAAGGUUUUCAAAAAGGGAUGUUUUUUUUACUGUGAGCUACCCGAUGUAGUUCAGUAAAGUGUAUGUAAAUGUAAAUAUACAAUUUUAUACUUUACAUUAAAAUGUAAGAGCUGUUUUCAUGAUUCUGUUUUAUAGAGUAGUACUUUACUAAACUGAGAAUUGUACUGUUCUGCUUUUUAUACCCCAUAUACUUGGUUGUCAUUAGAGGAAGAGCUCUGAUCCAACUAGAGACAAUUACAUUUAAUUCAUUUCAGACCGUAUUUUUUCUUAACUACAAACCUAAAUUACAUAGGAUUUUAUUUAUGUGUAUUUAUAUGUAAAUGUCAUCAAGUGAAUUGUUUGUCACUGAAAUCUACCAUCAAAUAUUUGUUUAUAUGGGUUAACUAUCUUGCACUAAUUACUACAAAAAGUGUUACUAGCGGCCUUUAAAUCUCUACUGGUAUGUCUCCAUGUCUUGUCAUAAUUAGUAUGCUCCACUCUUAAAUGAGUUUCCUCUUGCUUUUUUUUUUUUUUAAUAACAAAAGAUAAUACAACAUGGGAUGGUGUUCUUUUCUUCAAAUGCUCACAUUCAUGUGAGUGUAUAUAAUUAAGCAUAUUGUUACGAGACUCUUUUUAGGGGGGGAGGGAAGAAGCGAGGGAAGGAUACCUAAAGUACAUACACUGUAUGAUUUUGUUGCAAAUGAUAAAAUGUGGCAAGAAGCCUGACCGGGCAGCAAGGUAGACAAGGGGGAGAAGAUUGAUUGAUUUGUUUCUGGAAUGUUUUAGCCAAGAGGAAGACAUGCGCCACUGACAGUCAUUUUCUGUAGAUUUGAAUCUAGCAAGUCACUGAACUUGAAGAGAGUGUGUUUCCAUACCUGGCAGCCUAUGCUUUCUUACAAGUGAUCUUACUGCAUACUGUCUUUUUCAGAUUCUCAAGCAUUCCCAAAGCAGAGAGGGUGAGGGCAGGAGGGUGUUAAGGGUAUUCCGGUAUCACCUCCCCAAAAAUACACUGCUGGGCUCAGAUUUUCAACAAGUGAUUCAGGAGCAUCUGGUUUGGGGAACAAAUGACAUCACUUGCUAUAUUAUUCAGACUUGAUAGCGGAAUUCAUAUUAAUCUUUACUUGCUGUAGUAGUCAAACAUUGCUUCCUCAAUUAAAUCUUCAUUAAUAGCCGUAUUAAAUAUGAAAUACUAUAUAGACACUUGGCAGUUUCAAUCUGUAAUACAGCUGGACCAAAGAAACACGAAGUACUACUGGACAUCUUAAACAAUAGAGAUCACUGAUAGCUGAAAGAUGUGGUAGUACAAUAUCAAAAUCCAAGAGGACACAAAUAUUGAUGUAAACUGUCAUAGCUCCCAGGGAAAGAAUAGUCUGUUUAUUUAUCAGUGUUACAGUAUGAGAAAUUACUUCUAAAAUGAUAAAUCUUCAAGAAAAUGAUGCUUUUCUGUGUGGAUAGACAGCAGAUGCCUUAGAAUAAAGUAGUCAGACUGCUUCAAAGUUUUACAAACAGAACAGGAGUGAUGAGUUGAAUAAAUAAAUACCUUCUGUACCUCUGGAGCAGUUUGGGGGAACUUUCUGGACUCUGGUGGUUCAAAACCCCAAGCACUGAACAACUGUGGGUGUACCCCACUGUUCCUUUUCCCCUUCCAUCUUUUGCUAAAUGAGAAAUUACAAGUUUAGAUAUUUAGAUGUUUUCCCCUUUUCAGUAUGCAGUCUUUGUAUAUGAGGUGGGAGUUAGUGUGAGUGUUUGUGGCUCUUGCACUGUGUGUGUCAAAUACACACAUAUAUGUAUGAUUGCACCAACCAUAGCUGCAUUCCUUUACUGGGGAGGCCAUACUCAGUAAAGAGUAAUUUGUAGGGACUACUUGGCUUAACAGGAAGGGUAUUAGGUAAGUACGUGGUUAUGUUGUUAAGUACUUUAAACAGAAAUAUGUAUUCUGCUUUAUUAUGUUCUUAAGACUUAUGCCAACUCUUAUGUGCUCUUACGUGUCUGAUGUCUUGGCUCAAGUGUUGAGCAGGUCUAAGAAUUUGUGUUGCUGAAACUUGCACAGUCACUCUGCAGAUGUGUACGUAGAGCUGCUCUGACUUUGCAAGUCAGUGUACAGUCAGCCUACUGCUUUUUGGUGUGCCUCAGACUAACUGCUGCUCAUUCCGUAGCUUCAUUUCUUUUAUAAGAAAACUAAUUUUAUUUUCGUGCUCAUAUUGUCAUUUCUUUGUUAGUCCUAAGAGCUCAUAGUUAAAUAUGCUUCACUUAAAGGUUAAUAAAAUAUUUUGCUCUGUAUUCCUCCCUGAUAAAGAGAGAGAGCAGGAAUG